AUGCAGAAUAUAUCAGCUGUGACUUCUUUCAUAUUGGUAGCAUAUACAGAAAUGGAAAAACUUAAAUAUCUUUAUUUCACUGUAUUCCUUCUGCUUUACCUCCUAAUAUUAUGUUUGAACCUACUUGUCAUUGGUGUGAUUUAUUCACAGAAAAGUCUACAUGAUCCCAUGUACAUAUUUGUGAGCAACCUUGUGGUGAAUGGAAUUUAUGGGAGCACAUCCUUAAUCCCCUAUCUUCUUUAUCAGCUGAUGUCUCACUCACAUGAAAUCUCUCUGGGGCUCUGUCUGGCACAGAUUUACUGUUUGCACACAUAUGGAUUUAUUGAGUUCUGUAUAUUAGCAGCCAUGAGCUAUGAUAGGUACAUUGCAAUUUGUCACCCGUUACACUACCACAUUGUCAUGUCUCCUCAAAAAGUGAUUGGUCUUAUUGCCUUGUCCUGGAUGUAUCCCCUUAUUGCUUUUGGAAGUUAUUUCAUACUCACAGCUCAGCUUACUUUCUGCAGCAGGAUCAUACCUAAAGUUUACUGUGCCAAUUUUCUAUUAGUUCGACUGUCAUGUUUUGAUACCUCAGUUCAUAGUACUGUUGGCCUGAUAGCAACAGUUUUGUUCAGUGGUCCUCAGCUGUUAAUGGUAAUGUUUUCUUAUGCACAAAUACUCAGAGUCUGUCUGCUUGCCUCCAGGGAAUCUCGUGUCAAAGCUCUGCAAACAUGCACUCCUCACUUACUAGCUUUCGCCAAUUAUUCUAUAGGGUGCUUUUUUGAAAUUAUUCAAAGCAGGUUUAACAUGAGUAAUUUCCCUUCUGGGUCUGAUACGUUUAUGUCCCUUUAUUCCCUGAUAUUUCCUCCUCUGCUAAACCCUACAAUAUAUGGAAUAAUUGUUCAAAACAUACGAGUGCGGAUUUUAAAAAUAUAUACUGCUAAAUAG